UCGACAUAGCUAGCUAGUAAUCUUUUCUUGCUUCGAUCGUGCUCCUCAAAGUUGCACAACCCAGAAGCAGCUAGCUAGCAGACGCCGACCGAUCGAGAAACAAUGGGGUUCGUCUACCGGAUCGCGAGCCCGUCGGAGUACCUGGCGAUCACCGGGUACGGCAUCAACGACGUGAAGCUCGCGAAGAAGGCGUGGAUCGCGCCGGGGCAGCGGUGCACUCGCUUCGACAUCUCCCCGGUCAACUACACCUUCGAGGUGCAGGCCAUGAGCGCCGAGAAGCUCCCCUUCAUCCUCCCCGCCGUCUUCACCAUCGGCCCCCGCGCCGACGACGACGAGUGCCUCCUCCGCUACGCCAAGCUCAUCUCGCCCCACGACAAGCUGUCGCACCACGUCAACGAGCUCGUCAAGGGCGUCAUCGAGGGCGAGACCCGCGUGCUGGCGGCGUCCAUGACCAUGGAGGAGAUCUUCCGGGGCACCAAGUCCUUCAAGCAGGCCGUCUUCGAGAACGUGCAGCUGGAGCUCAACCAGUUCGGCCUCAUCAUCUACAACGCCAACGUGAAGCAGCUCGUCGACGUGCCAGGGCACGAGUACUUCUCCUACCUCGGCCAGAAGACGCAGCAGGAGGCCGUGAACCAGGCCAAGGUGGACGUCGCCGAGGCCCGGAUGAAGGGCGAGGUCGGCGCUAAGGAGCGGGAGGGCACCACGCGGCAGAACGCCGCCAAGGUGGACGCCGAGACCAGGGUGUACACGGUGAAGCGCCAGGGCGAGGGCGCCAAGGAGGAGGCCAGGGUCAAGGCGGAGGUGAAGGUGUUCGAGAACGAGAGGGAGGCGGAGGUGGCGGAGGCCAACUCGGAGCUGGCCAUGAAGAAGGCCGGGUGGGAGCAGCAGACGCGGGUGGCCGAGGUGGAGGCGGCCCAGGCGGUGGCGAUCCGGGAGGCCGAGCUGCAGGUGGAGGUGGAGCGCCGGAACGCGGCCAGGCAGACGGAGAAGCUCAAGGCCGAGCACCUCAGCAAGGCUGUCGUCGACUACGAGAUGAAGGUGCAGCAGGCCAACUGGGAGCUGUACAACCGCCAGAAGGCCGCGGAGGCGCUCCUGUUCGAGCAGGAGAAGGAGGCCGACGCGCGCCGGGCGGCGGCCGAGGCGGCCUUCUUCGCGCGGCAGCGCGAGGCCGAGGCGGAGCUCUACGCCAAGCAGAAGGAGGCCGAGGGGCUGGCGGCCAUGGGCCAGGCCCAGAGCGUGUACCUCUCGGCCAUGCUCGGCGCGCUGGGCGGCAGCUACAGCGCGCUGCGGGACUACCUGAUGGUCAGCUCCGGCGUGUACCAGGAGAUGGCGCGCAUCAACGCCGACGCCAUCCGGGGGCUCGAGCCCAAGAUCAGCGUGUGGAGCAGUGGCGCCGCCGGCGGAGAGGGCGGCGAUGCCGGCGGCGGCGGCGCGAUGAAGGAGGUGGCGGGUGUGUACAAGAUGCUACCGCCGCUGCUGACGACCGUGCACGAGCAGACCGGGAUGCUGCCGCCGGCGUGGAUGGGCACUCUGACGGGCGGCCCCUCGACGUCCACCUGAUGAGCUCAGCUACAUGAGAAGCUUUGUGUUUGCCUGGUGAGUGCGCUAGCUGAGCUGAAUCAAAGACCUCGCCUCUGUCAUAUGUAAUUUUCACGCGCGGCCAUGUAGGUCGACAUUUCAAAUUUUCAAAAUGUAGUGUGCUUCACAUUUUGAAAGUAAAUCACUAAAUUCCUUUUGUUUGCUGUAUGUAACUGCGGUAUCGUGUAAAGAAAAUAAUAUAUGCAUUUUUAAUUGGUGGGGGUAUUUGUACCUGGCAACCUUUCCUUUACUAUGGAUGCCAUCUUGGCAUCCUCG